CUUUGCCCAAAUAUCUUCUUUGUCACCUCCCAGUUUGUCUUCACUCACCAGUUUUAGUCAUCAUGCGGUGUAUUUCACUGGCCGUUGCCGCCUUCUUGGUUGUCAAAUCAAGCGCCACCGAUUCUCUGCUUGAGACCAAGGACUUCAACAUCACUCAAGCCCUUCUUGACCAAGGCGUUGACGUUUCAGAGCUUCCUGUAUCCGUGGACGGUCCUAAAAGAUCUGACACCGGUUGCGCCGCUGCUUGCGCCUCUCUGAAGAUACUCUACGGUGAUGCCGCCGUUGAGACGAGGAACGAAGAGGACUUCAGGGACUUCACUGCCUCUUACUGGUCCUCAAACCAGGCAGAGGUCAACCCUUACUGCAUCUUCAUUCCUCAACGGCCGAGUCACGUUUCUGUAACUGUACUAUUGGCUCGAUUAGCACAAUGUCCUUUCGCUGCAAAGAGUGGCGGCCACGCAGCCUUUGCUGGAGCUUCAUCCGUUGAGGGUGGCAUCACCAUUUCAUUUGCUAACUUGAAAGAUGUCUCUCUGUCCAAAGAUAAGAAUACUGCUUCGAUAGAGCCUGGCAACACCUGGGGGCCUGUGUACGAGCAGUUGGCGAAGUCUGACGUCAGUGUCAUUGGAGGGCGACUCUAUAACAUCGGCGUUGGAGGAUUGACCACGGGAGGCGGUAUCUCAUUCUUCUCAAAUAUUUAUGGUUGGGCUUGCGAUAAUGUCCAGAGCUACGAGGUGGUACUCGCCAAUGGCAUAAUAGUCGAAGCCAGCGCCAAAUCGUACCCUGAUCUCUACUGGGCUCUUCGUGGAGGCGGGAAUAACUUCGGUCUUGUUGUCAAGUUCAACCUCAAGACCAUACCCCUUCCCAAAAGCGAGAUGUGGGGAGGAUCUCGCAUCUAUACAGAAGACAGGUUCUCCGAAGUCACAGACGCUCUGUUCAAUAUUCUAAAGAACUCUGAGAAUGACCCAAAGGCCGGGCUCUACGUCCCUUGGGUCUAUUAUCAGGGCAACAAAUUCUCUAUGCCCACUAUGUACUACGCCGAGCCUGACGCCGGAAAUGCUACCAUAUGGAAGGACUUCAACAAGAUUGAGGCCGUCUCUGAUACCACGCAGAACAGAGUUCUCGCCGGAUGGGGCAAGGAGCUCAUGAGUGACAGCCCUCCGGGACUUCGCGAGGUCUACUACGUUAUUACCACCAAGCUCGAUCACGGCAUAUUGGAAUACACGAGGGAUUACUUUUACAAGACUGUUCUUACGGUAGCUAAUAUUUCUGGCAUUAUACCUGCUCUUGUGGUGCAAGGCAUCACUACUCCCCAGCUCAAGCAGAUGCAGAAGAAUGGAGGCAACGCCCUUGGCAUCGAUCCUGAGGAUGGACCUCUAUUGAUUUUGCAGCUCUCCGUUAUGUGGACUAAUAAGUCUGACGAUGACGCCAUCUACAGCUGGAUCUCCGAUAUCUUCGAGGUAGUAACCAAGGAGGCCAAAGCUCGCGGAGUCAACAACGACUACGUUUACAUGAACUACGCAAGUCAGUACCAGGAUGUCAUUGCAAGCUACGGGUCAGGCAAUAAGGCUAAGCUGAAGAGCAUUGCAAAGAAGUAUGAUCCUCAACAAGUAUUUCAGAAGCUGCAGCCUGGAUACUUCAAGCUGGAUAGAGCACCUAUUCCUAACUCUGGAUACUUCUCCCACUAGAAAAGGAUAUCUCUACAGGAAAGCAUCGAAGCGGCAGGAUCGUCAAAGAGGAUAGGGCGAGAGCGCUGCCUUACUGGAAAGAGAAAAGCAGAACUUGGCCCUAGUUUAGGAUAUAGUAGAUCUCAUCAUAAGCCUGGACUCAUACUCCUCCAAGCUUGUUCUAAGCUAUUGACGACUUUGAGUCCAGCCUCAUCGGAACGACACUUCACAUGAUCGGAAUGUGAACCGGCGGUGGGGCCGGCGCGCGGUAUCAGAUCCGAGGACAACUUCGGCUGGACCAGCGCAUCAGCAAAUGCGCCGCAAAACAAUGAAACAAUGCAUCAAUAGUCAGGCCAUUCCCAGAUGAUGAAUUUGGACUGUACAUGUCGCACAAAUGGUGCCAUUUGGCGUUGUGAAGGCCUAUCGGAGCCAUGGUAUUUAUUGCAAGCCCCGAUCAAGUUCCGGGCCGAGGCUCGUCAUUACCCCGCCAUCAUGAACCUUCUGAGGACGUUGAGUAAAGCCAAGAUCAAUUGAUCAAUACAUGCAGUCACAAAGUAAAUCACUAGAGACAGAAUAGAGGACAUAUACAGUUAACUAGUAAAAUUCGUAAUCAUUCAUUCUCA